UCAGGAAGUUAUGAUUUCAUAUCAGUAAACUAUUAUCAUUCGUUAAAUGUUACCGCUAUGACAGAAGCAGAUAUAUUUGAUCCAAAUAAUGAUUUAAAAACAAUUGAUCAAAGGGCUAUAACACCUAGUUGGGACGAAAAAGAAGAGUUAGAAGACACAGUAUUGGGAUUUAGAAAUGUAAUGCAGUAUUUAAAUGAUACAUUUGGAAAAAUUUCUGAUAUAAGAGAACCCAAAUUUUUCAUUUCUGAAAAUGGGUUGGCUGAUGAUAGUGAAAAUAAUAAAAAUAAAAUUGAAUAUCAUCAGGCGAUUCUUACCGAAACAAAAAAUUUGAUUGAUGAUGGUGUUAAUAUAAUUGGGUAUAGCGUUUGGUCGCUAAUGGAUUCUUUUGAGUGGGUCAGUCCUAGCACUAGCAAGUAUGGAAUUUAUAAAGUUGAUUUUAGAGAUCCUGAUCGACCUCGCACAAAAAAGCCAUGUGUGGAGUAUUUUAAAUAUGUUUUUCAAAACAAGACUUUACCAGAUAUUUCUACAAUUCCAGAUUUUUCAUAUAAGAAUAUAAAUUCUUUGAUUUAAAAUCAAAAAAAUGAUCGCCUAAAUCCUUAGAUUACUUUUUGUUUAUUUUUCAUACUAUUUUAUUUUAUGUAAUUUAAAAUUAUUGUGUUGGAUAAUGAGGUAUAAUAAUAUAUUUUAAAUCUAAUAAUAGUUUCUUUAUUAUUAAAUAUGUGUUAUACAAGAUUAUA